CUAUUCCAAAAGUAGUCAGCAAAAACAGGAACAGUAAACAGCAAACAGUCCUCUCCAACUAAGAAAAUCAGCUUUCUGAAACUGGCCUCCUGCAGCCAUGAAGUCUCUUACAGUAGGAAGUGCUGCUCCUAAUCUAAGAAGCAAAGCAAGAGAGUAGAAGAAGGCAGGGAAAGCAACGGUUUCCAAGCAAAGCAAUAUCUCAUCAUUGUUCAAGACAGUUAAUCUGGGCAGAAUGAAGUUCCUACUUUGUCAAAACAGGAGGUUGCAGCCUAAUUCACGCCUACUACCAGGUGCAGAGAACCAGUUUGUGGAAAUGGCUUGUUUGGUAAAAUGCAUGAUUCCUGAGGAGAAAAAAAUUCUUUCAUAGAAUUCCUCUUUUGAAGAUGUUCAAAGCUAAGGUGAGUUUUCAUUUGAAUCCUCAAGCAAAAAGGAUCCACUUAAUGAGAACUUGCUUAAAAAAUCAUCUGUUUCUACUACAUUUGUCUCAGAAGGUACAACUGAACAUGAAAUUUCAGUGGAAUUAAGAGCCCUUGUAUCAAUUAAGUCCAAUGACCGCACACUGGUGGAGGAAGUUAAUCUUGUCUCUGACACCUUGUUCUUCUGAGGGAAAAUUCUGGUUGAUGGUGAAGGUGGUAGCAUCAUAAGAGAAAAAAAAAACCGAGCCAAAUCAUCAGGGCUACACAAAGAAACAGCAUCAGAUGAGUUUUCGUUUGAAUUCUCAACCAAAAAGGAUUCCCUUGAGGACAUGCUCUUAAAAUCAACUAAGUCUACCAUGCUUUUCUCAGAGGAUAUCAUUGAACUCGGGACUCUUUCUGAACCCAGCCUCCUCUCUCCUUCGAAUCUUCCCACAUUUUCUCCAUUUUCCCUCUCAAUCCAUGCUCUGGUUUUCAGAUCUGGUCCCUUGGGUCGGUUCUCUCUCGCUCUUUCUCCAGAUCUGGAUUUGAUACCCACGAGUGAUUCUCAGUUUCUCUUGCUUCUUGGCCUCACCUAUGAUAGCGGCUGCCAUGGAAGCCAAUGCCAACGCCAGACACAUUUCAAUGUCCUUCAACGAGCGAAACGAAUUGCUUAUCUAGCUCUGUUUGGCUCCAACAAUUAACACAAAUUUCUCAUGGGUUAUUAUUUCGUAGAGAUUUUUCACAACUCGAUUUGAGAAGAAAAGAAAGUAUGGAGGAGAGAGGCUGGGGGUAGAGAUGGGGGAUCAAAGACGAAGAAUUGAGAGGGUUGUGCAAGUGUAAUUAUGUAAUUUUAUAAACCAUUUUGGAUUAG